AUGCAAGGAUCUGUACAAAGUCAUGAUUUGGAUCCAAUUUGGGGAAAUCUUCGAUCACAAACAACAAAAGUUUGGCAACCAGAUGGAACGAGGACAGAACUUCAAUGUGCACCCGAUUCGAAUACAAUUAUUGGACGCCAAUUUGCCCCAGCUAAUCCAGAGAAUAGGGCUGGGAAUAAUAUAAUGGAUAGACGACGCGAACUAAAACCUUCUCGUCUGUCAGAAUGUAUUGUUCCAAAAAUAUUUUCUACCGACUUCAUUUCACUAAAGAGCGGUGCCGAUUUUGGGGCUUUCAGACCAACAAAAAUGGAAACGGUUGGUGGACUUGGGAUGAGUUUUGACGACGAAAAACUUUGUAAAUUGGUUAUACCUUAUCAGGUUAUUAGGCCUUAAAUUCAAUAAAAUUAAAAAAAAAUUUAGACUGCUGCUUCGCUACGAUAAGGGGGCAUGGCAAAAAAUAAAAUAAUCGGCUUGAGGAAUUUGAAGAAAAAUGUUCAAUUAAAACAGGAAUUUUGAAAUUUG